UGUUUGUUUCUUUCCCUACUCUCAAUGGUUCCCUGUGUUUCGCCAUAUUGGGUAACACGCUGUUGUUACUGACGAUUCCGUUUGUCUUAAUCCACUCGAAAGAUAAUUUCUGAUAAGGGACCCAUUGGAAAUAAGCUAUACUAUAUAUAAACAUAAAAAUGCCUCCAAAAAAGAAAGGAGAUGCUAAUGUUCCACCUCCUUUUUUUGGAAGAUUGGGAUCAAAUCUAAAGAUUGGUAUUGUUGGAUUACCAAAUGUAGGGAAAUCCACUUUUUUCAACACAUUAACCAAAAGUCAAGCUACUGCAGAAAAUUUUCCAUUCUGUACAAUAGACCCUAACGAGAGCAGAGUUCCAGUUCCAGAUGCAAGAUUUGACUAUCUCUGUGAUCACUAUAAACCAGCCAGCAAGGUUCCAGCAUUUCUAAAUGUUGUUGACAUUGCUGGACUUGUGAAAGGAGCACAUGAAGGAAAAGGAUUAGGGAAUGCCUUUCUGUCAAAUAUUAAUGCCUGUGAUGCAAUUUUUCAUGUCAUCAGAGCAUUUGAUGAGGAAGAAAUUGUUCAUGUUGAAGGUGAUGUUAAUCCUACUAGAGAUUUAGACAUAAUACAUAGUGAGCUUAGGUUCAAAGAUUUGGAGUAUUUAAAUAAACAGCUUGAUCCAUUAGAAAAAUCUGUUGCCAGAGGUGGUGAUAAGCAAAGGAAAGCUGAACAUGAUUGUUUGAUAAAGGUUCGAGAAAUACUGCAAGCAGGGAAAUGGGUCCGAAAUGGAAUUUGGGAUAAUAAAGAGAUUGAUUUUUUAAAUCAACAUUUAUUUUUAACAGCCAAGCCUGUUAUAUAUUUAGUGAACAUGUCAGAGAAAGAUUACAUCAGAAAGAAGAAUAAAUGGUUAGUACUUUUAACUUAGUCUUUAGUUU